AUGAAGUCGUUUUUUGGAAGACUUAACAAAACGCUCAAGCACGACUUCGAAAAGGCAAUCCAAUCGGAGUCAAACGAAGAAAUCUUCAAUCUACUGCGAGAGUACAUGAAAUUCAUAGAAGAUGAAAAUGAGUCAUAUAAAUACCUGUUUGUCAUUGGACAAAAUCCCCUAGAUGAACUCAAGGAUACGCAAAAGUCUAUGGAAAAGUUUAAUACUAAAUGUCUUUCGUUCCUGAUAAAAACAGUGAACAACAGCGAUAGUCUGCAUCCAUAUGAUUCCACACUCUCUGAGGCACAGACAUUCAUGGGUCUAGGAUACGAGUUCGGGUUGUUUGGACUCAGCAAAGACGAUAUUAAAGCAGUAGGAUACUACUCGUCAGCUGCCAGACAGAACCAUCCGAUUGGAACAUUCAGGAUGGGACAAUGUCUUGAAAAGGGCAUAGGAAAGCCAAAAAAUUGGAAGCAUGCACUUGAUUUCUAUAGAUGCUCUGCAAAACUCGGAUACAUUGCUGGAAUGCACACAUAUGGAUCUGUUCUUAUUCAUGGCGACAUGGGCAGCAAGAAAGAUAUACAGAGUGGGUUAUUCUACUUAAAGCUUGCCGUUAGAAAGGCAACCCACGAAUAUCCAUAUCCUUACUAUGAUCUAGCACAGAUCUACGAAUCAAACAUGACAUCUGGCGAGAUACAGACUGAUGAAGAAUAUGCAUUCCGCAUGUAUCUCAAAGGCGCAGAGCUUUCCUGUCCAAAUUGCCAGUACAGAGUGGCAAAGUGCUAUGAAACAGGCGAGCUAAUGCAGGAGCGAAAUCUUGCCCUUGCAUAUAAUUGGUAUAAGAAAGCAUCAGAACUUGGUCAAAUAGACGCACAGAUGUCCUAUUCUCGGAUCCUGUUCACUGGAAUUGAUGGAAUAGUCCAAUCAGACCUGAAUGAGUCGCUCUUUUGGGCACUCAAGGCCGCCAUCAAAGGACAUCCACAAGCAGCUUAUUCAGUUGCAGAGUUUGCAGAGGCAGAAAAUAACGGAACAGGCAAUACUCUCCUUGCAAUCUGGUGGUACACAGUAUCUUAUGAGUUUGGAAACACACAGGCAAAGUCAAAAAUCAACAUGCUUCAGCACCAAAUAGACAUCCAAAACCGGGGAUCAAAAGAGCCAAAGUGCUGUGGGUGUUUCUGCUGGUCCUCAACCAAAUAA